AUGUUGGUGGUGGAGGCAGUGAGGCAUGAGAAGGAGACCGUGCUGAAUGGGGCAGGGGCAUUGGAGGCCAGGAGAAGAGGGAUCCUGAUUCCAAGGGCAGUAUGGAUCAGGCAGGCCCCAGAUGCAGUCACCAAAACUUCCGAACUAGUGACAGGACCAGCCCAGUGCCAGCUCGGGGGAUGGGAUGGGCAGAAGAACUCUCUCCCUCAAGUUCCAGUGGCCUUACUGUGCACUUACUGGCGGGGAGGAAGAGCAUCCUCCCCCCUCUCCAAGGUCACCAUUUGGGACCUCCACAAUGGGGUGCGGCCCAGGCCUAGGCCUGCCAGGGGCUCCUCCAGCCCCCAGGGGGCGUCGGGCGGGCGGGGCCCGCAGCGAGGCCCGGGCCUCGAGGUUGAGCCGCUCCCUCCGCAGGACUCGGGCUCGCUGGAUGCCUGCCUGCAGGCCACGUUGUCUGCCCUGUACCCGCCCUCGGGGGGCUCGGCCGAUGCCCUGCUGGGCCAGGUGCUGGCCGUGGUCGAGCGGGCCUACGCGGGCGACGGGCUGCGCUACCUGCUGGACUUCCUGCUGCCCGCCCGCCACAUCCUGCACUGCGUCCAGCUGCACGCCUGCGGUCAGUAUCCAGGACGCCUCUUUGCCCAUGCAGGUUGGCCCCUGUGCCUAGGGGAGCACGUGGUGGUGCAUCUGGCUUCCUUGGACUGGCGUCUGCUGGAGCCAGGGGACUUCUACCUACAGCUGGUGCCUUUCCUAAGGCGCCAGCCCCGCCUCGUGCUCACCUGCCUAGCACCCGGAGGCCAUAGUGCCCAGCAGCUGCCCUUGCCGGAGGCCAGCUACUCAGCCAUCUUCACUGCCCACUGGCUGGACACCCUUAACGCUAGUCGGGUGCCCGGCACGUGGGCUCUCCGCUCUUGCCUGUUGGUGGCACCUGGGGGGCGUGUCCUGAGGGUACCCUGGGAGCAGGUCCUGAGGCCUCGCUUCUUGGAUGAGCCAGGGGUUGAGGGUCUCUCCAGCGCCAUUAUGACUUCUCUAGCUCCUGCAGACCCUGCCCCCUCAGGGCCCUCCCCAUCGCCAGGCUCACCUAGUGAUUCUGGCAGAGACACACCCAAGAGUCCAAAGCCGCCUGGCAUUGGUCAGUGCCGGGCUGGGUGUGAAGAGGACUCGGGAGCACAAGGGCCUCAGCCAGCACCAGCCUCCUGCAGCAGCUCAGAAAGAAUAGAGACAGAAGAGCCACAGAGGGAGGGCGGUCUCCACACCAUGGUCCCCCCAGCCCAUGCCACUGACUGGAGGUAUGCUGUGUGCAGUUACGAUGAUGCUUUGGUCGAGGAAGGCACUGCACCCACUCCAGGGGAGCUGGCUGAGCCGCUUAGCCCCCCUGGCCCUCCCCUGGAGGCACUCCCCAGAGGAGAGCAGCUGGCCGUGCCUCCCACAAGCCAAGGUGGCCCCCCAGGAGCUACUGACCUCCAGCAGCCACUCUUGGGGCCACCUGCACCAAUACUAGAAGGUCAGAGCUCGGAGCAGGGGACUGGGCUCCGUGACCAUGACAGCCCUCAGGCUUCUGGGCCAGCACAGGAUGAGGGAGGAGGCAGUGGCCCUGAGCAAGGACGAGAGGGACCCCGGAGGGCAGGGCCUGGGAGCCCAACUCCCUCUGAUCCUGAGGAUGUCCAGGGAAGGAGAGAAUCCAGGGAUGCAGGGAAGGAUCCAGGCCUAGAAUCACCUGGGGGAGAAAACCUCUUGGGAAUGGAAGGAGCAGAGAAGCCCCUCUCCUCAGGUGAGAUUGAACAGCGUCUAGCCUCCAAGGGCCCUUCUCCUGCCCUGCCUGUGCCUGUGAGGCCCACCCUUGCCCAGGACUUGUCCCUUGAGCUGCUGGACAGUGGUUUAGCUGCCCUGCCUGGGACCAGGGACUCUGAGGGCCGAGUGGUACUGUUGGUCUGUACCCAGAAUCUGGCCUGGCUCGGUCCUCACUGUGGCGUCCAGGAGCUUGCUGGCCUCUUCCUUUACCUGCAUAGCAUUCCCAGACCUGAGGAUCAGGCCCGUGGACUGACAGUGUUGGUGGAUGCCCGACACUGCCUGCCCAGUCCCAACCUCUUCCUGGGACUUGGCCAGAUGCAGAAGAUUGUCCCGGGCUCCGUGCACCAGGUCCUCCUGCUGGGGAAAAUGUCAGGGGCUCCACCUCUGGGACUGAAGCUGGAGCCACUGCCCUCCCGACAGGCUCUUCUCUCCUUCAUCCCGAACUCCCAGCUGCCCCUAGCUCUGGGAGGCCGCCUCCCCUACAACCAUGAUGCUUGGCUGGGUUUCCAAAAGCGGCUGGAAGCCUUGCAGCAGAGCUACCUGGAGGCCUGCGUCCUGCUCCGCGAGGCCAUCAAGAGCAUAGAAGCGGUCCCUAAGCCAGAGGGUCCUGGGGGAGCUGGGCAGCUGCUACAGGACCCACAGGAGCUGAUGCAGCAAGUGCUAGCGUACCCGCUGCUGUCCUGGCUGCAACAGGAGGGUGGCACAGCAUUGGCAGAGCUCCAGAGGGAGGAUCCAGGUGGCAUUCAGAGACCUGACCACAGGCUGGACGAGGCAGGGAAGCUGUACGCCCAGGUAGAUGGAUUGCUGCACCAGCUGGUCACUCUGUGCAACCGACGGAUACGGGCACUUGAGCUGGAGAAGAUGCUAGAGGCACAGGCAGGCAUACUGGCCGAGAUUCAGGCCUGGCUGCAGAAUGUAGGCUGGCCAGGGCUGAAGGGGCCAGAGGAACCUUCACUGGAAAUGCUGCUUCAGGCCCGGGAUGCCUUCUGGAAGCUAGACCAGGCUGCCCAGGAGCAUAUCCAUCGUGGUGAGGAGAUUCUAGCUGGCUGGGAAGUGACUGAGCUGGGCCAGCUGGGUGCUCCUGGGGCCCGCCUCAUCUCCCUGCAGGCCCAGUUGUCAGAAUUCUCGAGAGCACUAGUCCGGCGCCGGCAGCAACUCAUGAAUGCCCAACAGCUUUCUCAGCUACUGGAUCAGGCCCUGGUGUGGGCACAGGCUGGACAGAAGACCCUGGCCAAGCUCGCCGAGGAGGAACACACAUCCCCAGAGGUGGUUCUGUGCCACUUGGAGGGGCACCGAGCCUCGCACCCAGACCUGGCCCCAUCACACUUUCAGGAGAUGGAGGCGCUGGCCGCGGGCCUGGGCUCCGAUCUCAACAUCCAGCAGUGUCGCCUCCUGGGCGUCUGGUGCCAAGACACCCAGCUGGCAUUCCAUAGGAAGCUGGAGGCCGCACGCAGGGCACAGAAGGCGCUGCCUGCCCUUGCUAAGGGCCAGCGGUGCCCGCGAGGUGGUGGCGGCAGCAGCUCUUCAGACAAGGCCUCCCUGGCCUCUGGCGGGAAGAUUGAAGAGAGAGCUAGAAGCAGCAGUUCCUCGGGGUCUGCCACUUCCCACACCCUAAGGAGGGCGCACACCUUGGAGGCAGGGGUAAAACAGAGCCUGUGGGGUUCUGUGUAUCAGCUCAGCCUGGGGGAGCCCCCAGCCUCGGCCUCGGUCACCCCCCACAGCCCCUCAGGCAGCUUCUUGGAGGCUCUUGGCAGCCAGCAAGCAGGGUCUUCCAUCCAGAAGCCCCUGGGGGCCCUGAAAGCAUCGCCCAGCAUUCCCCUUCUGGAGGCCAGUACCCAGAACAGGCUGCACUUGAUACUAGGAGAGAUGGUGGCGACAGAGAGGGAGUACGUGCGGGCCCUAGAUUACGUGGUGGAAAGCUACUUCCCUGAGCUGGAACGGGCAGAUGUGCCCCAGGGCCUGCGAGGACAGCGAGCCCGGCUCUUUGGCAACCUGGAGAAACUCAGGGACUUCCACCGUCACUUCUUCCUGCGGGAGCUGGAGAGCUGUAGCCAGCACCCUCUUCGAGUGGCCCACGCUUUCCUACGUCACAGGGAGCAGUUCGGGAUGUAUGCCCUCUACAGCAAGAACAAGCCCAGAUCGGAUGCUUUGCUGGCCAGCCAUGGGAAUGCCUUCUUUAAGGACAAACAGCGUUGUCUAGGGGACCACCUGGACUUGGCUUCCUACCUGCUGAAGCCCAUUCAGCGGAUGAGCAAGUAUGUGCUGCUGCUGCAAGAACUGUCGCGGACCUGCAAAGAAGGGCCAGGGCCGAGCUGGUCCCGAGGGCCAGAUCUGGCUGCCCUGCACGCUGCCUGCGACCUUGUUCGGUUCCAGCUGCGGCACGGCAACGACCUGCUGGCUAUGGAUGCCAUCCGUGGUUGUGAUGUGAACCUCAAGGAGCAGGGCCAGCUAGUUCGUCAGGAUCAGUUUACGGUGUGGUCUGGGCGUAAGAGGUGCCGGCGCCACAUCUUCCUGUUUGAGGAGCUCAUUCUCUUCAGCAAAUCUCGACAUGGGCCCAGGGGGGUUGACUCCUUCAUCUACAAGCACUCCUUUAAGACAGCAGACAUCGGUCUCACAGAGAACUGCGGAGAGAGUGGGCUGUGCUUUGAGAUCUGGUUCCGACGCCGCAAAGCCAGUGACACAUUUGUGCUGCAGGCCCUGAGUCCUGAAAAUAAGCAGGCCUGGACUGCUGACAUCGCCAGCCUGCUUUGGAGACAAGCUGCCCGCAAUAAGGAGCUCCGAAUGGCUGAGAUGGUAUCCAUGGGUGUAGGGAACAAACCCUUCCUGGACAUCACGCCCAGUGAAGCAGCCAUCCAUGACCGUGCCAUCAACUAUAUCAUGAAGGGUCGAGGAGCUCGGACUCGGGCCUCCAUUGCGGUGUCUCUGUUUGACCACACCGACCCCUAUUCUGGAUCUCCAGCUUCGCUUCCCGCUGGCCCCUCUUCCUGUUCCUUGCUGGGGCCCCUUAACCUGGACCUGUGUGGAGACCCAGCUCGACUGGGACUCUGUUGGCCUUUGCAGCCUACCCCUUACCUGGAGGAGCUAGAUCCAGAGACUGAAACAGGAAGCCAACCUUCAUUGACUCCUGAGAGCUCCGAGGCCUCAUCCCAGUGUCCAUCAGCUAGUUCAAGUGGUUCAGAUAGUGGCUGUGUACCUGGUCUGACCCUGGCCAGUGGCUGUGAAGACCAGCCCUUACCAGCCCUGGAAGACAAACCCCACUGUCUGAACUCUGCUUUGGCAAAUGUGAUGGAUGCUGGCCAGGAGGAGUGA